UUUUUUGUGGCCCAUGCUUUCUGCACUGCUUGCUAGAGAACUGGCUACCUAUGGUAUAGUACUGGUGUGCAUAUUAUAGUAUAGUAAUCAAGCAAAGAUCAGAGAAUGGAUCACAUCUCGUUGUUGUACUGGCUAGGGUUUCUGGUGAAGAUAUUGGCUGUGCUGCUAGUGCUGAGGCUGCUGGUGUGGGGUGUGUUCUAUCUGGUCGACAGGUUCCUAGGGCUGAGUGUGACAGUCAGUGGGUGGAGGAUCGGAGGAUUUGAGAGUCUACAGAUUAAGUAUCAGCGUCUAGAACUGCAAGUGAACGGGCUCCACAUAUCUCUGAGGUGGUUCGACCGCUCAUGUCGGCACUUCUUCAAAGUCAACAUCAAAGGCACCCAUGUGGAGUACGCUAAGACCCCAGGAGGAGGUAAUUCAGCACCUGCCAGGCCUCGCAAAACUCGAUUAAGUAAUUCGCUGAAGAAGAGGCUUUUCUACUCAAUAGUGAGGAGAAUACUAAAGUGGACGGAGGUGUCAGUGAAGUGCCUGGAGGUAUGGGUACAAGACUACUCAAAAGAGGAUGUUACACCUGGGGCUAUGCUACAAGGCCAGUUGUCCAUCAUUGCCAAGCCACUUCCUCAAGGUGAGCUGGGGCUGUCACUGGACGUGGAAAAUAUGUUGGGACAACUCUUUGUUCAACUGGAACAGCCAUGCACAUACACUGAGGACGGUCUGUAUCCGUUGGCUGACUUUAAGUUCUGUGCCAAAACGGUUCUCUUCCUCCAGCCCCUCUCUCUGAAGGGGGGUCUGGUCAAGUCAGUACAGCUCAAUGUAGUCCCUCUCACACUCUCUCUAUCCCAGCAAGGACUAUUGAGCAACCUACUCAUUGACUACCAGCUCUCCUCACAACCCUCCACAAAUGCCACACCCCCUAGCAAUCCCCAGCAGAGACUAGCACUUCUACCUGAGAAGGUUGAAGUGGUACUGGAAAAUGUGAGCCUGUUGUACCAAGCCCUAGGAACCAGUAGAGUGCUGUCAUCCAAGGUGACGAGAGUAUCAGUGGCAGCUGCUCUAUCUCUGAAGGAGGACUCUCACCUGCCGAGCAUGGACGCAUCACUAGGAGUCCAAGAUCUCAAGAUGGAGGACUCCCACAGCAGAAGAGCAGUCAGGUUACAGCAGCUGAGGCUGGUCUCCAAGAUGACCUCCAAAGAGCUCACCAACAAGCUACACAUAGACUCAUUCAAUGCAACUCUGUGGGAGGAAGAGGUGUUAUUCUGGUACAAGUACGCUCGAGAAACUCUUAAUAAGAUUAAAGUAAAAUUGAAAUCACGACAAAAAAAGAGCAGUCAUCAAUCACAACAAAAUUCACCGAACUUAAUAUCAUAUUUGUUCAAGCUACCGUUGUCAGUAGUAACCAGUUUUGAGUCUUCUGAUUGGUCGAUUCAACUGCAUUCUGAGGCACCAGCCUUACAAGCCAAAGAGCCAUUAUGUCGUAUUGUUAUGGCAACCUGUGCUGGUAACGUGCAGUGGGACUCAUCUGAGGUCAACAAAUCCACACUCUUAAAGUCAUCGCUUCGUCUGGCCAACGCCUACCUCCAUGUACCUGGCUACCACCCGACUGUUGAUAACCCCACAUUCUUCCGACAGCGACCCGAUAACCCUCAAGCCCUUCCCUCAUUGCAUAGCCACCUUUGGGGGAGGGUUAUCUCGAUAGGAGUGCUUGUCCUCAAGAGUGAGAGGGAGGUGCAAGUUUCAGACAAAGAUUGGGCGUGGCUUGGUGAUGAGGGUGUGUCUGUGAGGGGAGAGGGAAGCAGUGUGAUGCUGGAGUGGUCUCAACCAACAGUGGUUGCCAUGGUGAGGGUGUUGGAGCAUUUGAAGACAAAUUAUGGGAUGUUUAAACAUGAGGGGCGGAAUGAAGGAGGUGGUCGAGACAAAAAGAGCACGGAACGGAUGAGCAACCUACCACAAAUAGACUUGGAGUUGCAACUCACAGACAUCAAUCUGUUCCUCUAUGCCCUCACUCCAGAGCCCCCCACACUGAUGGUGCGUCUAGACGCUGGCUCCCUCUCCACGACCCCCAGUCCCUCUCUCACCCUACACCGCCUCCUCCUGGACGACAUGCACCUCUCAUCGUUCACGCAGGUGUUUGUCUGCUCUGACACUGCCAACCUCCCCCAUGGAGCAGGAGUGCUCUGUGUGGGAUCCACUGGGAUCACUUAUGACCCCCAAAUUCAGGAUGUGAGUUUGACACUGACUGACGUCACAGUGAGCUGGUCCACCACUGCCCAUCGCUGCAUCUUCAGGGCCCUCACCUGUCUACAGGAGAACACCACCAUGCUGAGAGGUGUUCUUGGAAUAGCCCCCACUCCUUCCCCUCGGACAGCUAAAGGGGAGAUGGUUGCCGUGGGUGAUGUGAUGCAGGGUUACCUGCAGAAACUACCAGUGUCUCUGAAUGUCCGUGUUAACAAGGCCAACUGUGUGGGACAGCUGGACAAGAGGAUAAGAGUGUAUAUGUCUCUCACCAACAUCCAGUCCAGUGUGAAUGGCGGUGUCUUUAUGACCAGCUCUCAAGAGAUCGCGGUCACUUUCGACCACGCCAGAAUUAUGACUCUGUUGGAGUUCAUUACUCGAUUCCCUCAGCAGGAGGGCAAGAUGGUGGAAGAGAGGAAGGGACUCAAAUACCAGCUGCAACAGCAGAGCAACUCUGUCCUGUGGUUGCAGGCGUAUCGACUGGACCUCAUCUUUCCUCACGACUACAACUUCUCUCUCGCCUAUGACAAGCUGACUAAUGUGAGGAAGUUUCUCCAGAAGCUUCACUCUGGUUCCCCUGGUAACAGUGACCCCUCCAUACGGUACCUUCUCCCUGACGUCUCCGCAGAGUGUGAGGAUAUUGUGCUACAAGUCAGCGAUGACCCAUUCGAGAUGAAGCUUAGAGCUAACUACGAGCUGUUGUGUGACGAGGCAAAGGAGAAGAGCAAAAGACGAGAAGCGUUUGAGGAGAAACUGAGCCAAGUCCGACAGGAACAGGGCGUCACUGCCGUGUCAGGAGAGAAGGUGCAAAGUCUAUAUGCCUCUCUUGAGGUGACGGACAGUGAGAUCUACUGCCAGAGGGCGAAGACUAUGUACAGCUGCCCUGAAGAGAUUACUACCGGACUGUUCAUGUUCUCAAUGGAGCACACCAAGCUCGGGGCACUGUUUGACCCCACCCUACUGGGGGAGGAGAAUCUGGUCAAGAAUCUGCGAGAGAUUGACGCUCAAAGUCCCUUGCCCGAAGGCUACAGCUUCUCCACUUUGUUUGGUUGCUAUGUGACAGGCAGCACUGACAAACUGCAGAUGCAAGUACGAGACUACCCUGCCCCCCUUAUUGCCAUCACUGAGAUUACCACCACUGGACGCAUGGUUCUGGCCGAGCAGGAGGCUCGUGACAGAGAGGUAAGGUCAGCUGUAGUGGAGGUGGGUCAUCCAUGGUCCAGUGUCACUGUGAAGAGGAAGCUACCUCCACUCAAGUAUUACUAUGACUUGGAGAUGACCUCCGAGACGUGGGACAUUCUGCACGGGCCGUGUUUGGAGCCAGCCCUUGCUCAAACAAGCAUCGGAUUAAGUAGACUGAGCAGUCCUACCAUUGACCCCAGUCGACCUCUACCCUAUUGGGACAAGCUUCGCCUGCUCUUUCACGGUCCUAUACACUUAUCGACCAAAGAGAUGAGAGUGCUCUUGCCGUCAACUUUUAACCCCUACAAUGACGUAGAGUACCUGGAGAUCCGGAUGUGUGAACUGGACCUGAAGCUUCUCACAAACACCCAGCUGAACCUAGAGGGUGCCUUACAGCUGAAUGUACACACAGCAUCCAAAUACAACGAUUGCUGUAUCCUAGAUUUCCCCCACGUCAAGUCCUCACUCAAACUGAAUUGGGUGUGUGGGGGGAAAAGCCCUCACGACCACCACCAUGUCGUCAGGUGUGCUCCUGAUAGAGUUCCGGUGCUCCCUGACAACCAGGUCCAUGACUCAUACAGCUUGUUCCGGUCCCAGAACUUGGAUGUAGAAUGGAAACUAGACGUGCAACCACAGGAUAAAUCACCACCUGAGAUCCUGCUUUAUUCCAGCACCCUGCGCUGUCUGCAGCAGUAUCAGGCACUUGUCAAGUGGAAUGUGACAAGACCCACUCGACGAGGGGUCUACUUUAAGAACCUCAAGCCAAAGAGACCUCCCAUACUCAGACAUGCGAGGGAUGUGAAAGUGUCUGUAUCCUUCCCCGAAACCUCUUUUCACUACUGGUCCUCUGGGGAGCAGCAGCGAGGAGUGGAGUGUUCUCUGCAAGGGGCCGACCUCGCUAUCAACUAUCUCCUCAAACUAGUUCCGUUAGAGUCCGGGCUCACUCAGAGGCCGCGAGCUAAUUGGACGGUUGUGAGUUGCCGUGGUAAAGUGGGAGACCUGGUGUCAUACGUCAAGCAGAGGUCAGAGAGGAAAGAUCUCGAUAUGGAGGGACUUGAGUCUGAGUCGAUACUGGGAGAUGACGAGGACCACACUCGCUCUAUCCUGCUCUCUCUGGAAGAGUUGGUCUAUUCCACUCAAGAGGCAGACCCAGGUGCAGAGAACAGCGAAGAUGAUUUCAUGCACCAGCUGGAGACAAAGAAUACUAAACUGUUGUGGAACCUCUCCAACAAGAGGGUGGUGCUGGGACUGUAUGACGCCUACAAGCAAGCACAGAUGCUGAAACGAGACCUGUCUGCUGAGGCCCUAAAGUUUAUCAACAAAGCAUCUCCGCCCGAGCUGCCCUCUGACCUGCCCUCUGAAAAUGUGGGUGUGGACCAGAAAGACCGCCCCCCUCGACCGUCAUCAGGACGAAUGAGACAGCCCAGCUCGGGCAACACCAUGCUGGACCAGUUACUGGCGGACAUCGGCAACACCUUCGUCUCUUACGUAGAUGAGAGAGCGCCCAGUGACCCUUUGCUGAAGGGAGUGGCUGCCGGCAGUAUGAACGAUGUGAGGAGGAGGAAGUGGAUUGUGACGCUAACGAACACUCAGAUAGCUCUACAAGUAUCUGAGAACAGCGGCUUUACACUGGCCAGUUCUCAUGUGGCUCAAGUGUUCGGACGAGAGCAUCACCCUCAACUGAUGGACGGAGACUUGAUCAGCAAGAGCUCCUGGGUGGGCAAGAUACAGGAGCUACAGUACUUCUCUACGGCAUGUUCGGCGUCAGAGCUUGAUGGGGACAAGCUGACGAUCCCCUGGCUCCCCCUUUCUGUGAUUUGCCCCCCGCUGGCUCUCACCGUCAACUAUCCAGAGGACGAGCAGACACAUACUGAUGAUGAAGCUGCUCUCAACAUCCUCCUCGGGAAACUGGGACCGUCGGAAGACUCGGAAAAAGUUCAUGUGACCAGCUCCCCUCCUGGUGAAGCCGUGGGUGGACUGGUGAGCUGUGUGCUCAUGCCAGAGAGUGAGGGUGUGAUUGGUGUGGAGCGGAGCACGGUGCAGCUGCAAAGAAUAGCCUCACGCUGUCACUGCCAGGUGUUCUAUGUGUCCUACGGGGAGGUGGUGGAGGGGAAUGUCCCUACUUCCACCCCUGGAUCGCCCCCGGGGGGUAGUGAGUAUCGAUUGAGUCCGAGGGAGGCAGUGGACACUCUCACUGUGCGCUACCCCAGUGUGGACGUUUGCACCACAUCAUCCCAGCAUGCUAUGAUCAUGGACAUCCUGAACAAUCUCCUCCUCAACAAAGAACCAAAGAAGAAGGAAGCCACUGACCGGAAAGCACGUAUGCAGUUCACUUUGCAGCUGGCAAACAUCGAGGACCCUAGGAGACACGUGCAAAACCAGCAGUCCAGAGUCAGGAAGUCAUUGCAAACGCUCAGAGAACUGCAGACUAGACUGUUUCUGGAGACCAGAGAAAACCAGUGUUCUGAGGCACUGGAAGAGGAACUGUAUUCGCUGAUAGACUCGGCCAAGGAAGAUCUCUCUAUAACCUCUAACACCCUCAGAGCUAUGAUACGAGCAUUCAAGCAGAACCAGCUCUAUCUGACUCCCACCAGGGGACAAAACGACCUUGAACCUGCUGACCCUAUUCGUCGUAUUGAGAUAUGGGUGGAUGAUGCGCGAUGGUGGCUCACACAAGACGAUGGUCAGCUGCAGGUGGCCAACAUCUGCUUCACCAACUUCAGCUACAACCGAGUGACCUUCAGCAAUGACUCGGGGGAGCACCGGUUUGAAUUGGGCACGUUCAGUGUCCGCAACCUCAUGCCAAACACCCGGCCUAUCUAUCAGCAUGUGCUCCACCCCUAUGACCCUAACUCCAAGCACCUGAGAGUGGACAAGAACAUCUGCCUGAGGGUCUACUGCAAAGACAAGGCACCAGUGGCUGGCAUCUCUGUUAAGGAGCACCUUGAGGUGAACGUUGUCCCUCUCUCUGUCAGUCUCACGGCCAAGUUCUACCAAACUAUGCAAGACUUCUUCUUCCCUAAAGCUGGUGAUAGCGACCAGACGGACCGUGAUCACGGCCACCUAUUUGCACCCUCAGGAAUACAGCCCUCUCCAGCAUUUGGCGAGCCUCCACAAGACAGAAGCAGUCCUCUCUUGUCUAGGGCCUCUUCUAUUCGUAGCUCUGUCAUGUCUGUCAACUCGUCUGUUACCGUUACAACAGCCACAAACCACUCCCCACCAACAUCACCUGUGCCCAAAGAAGUCAACACCAACAAAACUUCAAGACACAGCAAACCCACCACAGAGGACGCAGUGGAUAAAAUGAAGGAAAGAGCUAGUCAGAUCAAGACAUUUAUUUAUGUGAAGAUACCACAGUGUGCCGUCUGUGUCAACUACAAGAGUGAGAAUGUGAGUCUGAAAGACAUUCAGAACGGGAGGUUCACAAUCCCCACUCUUGAGUACCACAACAAGAACUGGACCUGGACGGACAUGCUCAUGGAGGUCAAGAAGGACAUCAAGACCGUCAUCGUACAGCAAACACUGAAAAGUGUGGUUGGAAUGAAGGAGACAGACGAGAGGGCGGGGCUGGCCUCACCCAAGAUGCCCAGGAAAGGGUCCGAUAUGCUAUUGGGCUCACUACAGGCUAAGGUGGCUAAAAGUGGCAAGAAGCUGUUCAGUAAACUAGCAAGUAAAGAUGGUCAAACAAUGGAAGAACCCAAAUCUUCAGGUCCUCGAAGGUCAUCAAGAUUGACCCAGACCCAGAGCAGAGACUCCAAGUUACAAAGAGCAUCCUCCGAUUAUCUCCCUCCUCUUAGUGAGUCAGCGGACAGAACUAUAAGCAGAAACACACCUUCUCAGGACUCUUUGUAAUAGAACAUUGUGUUCUUGUGUUUGGUUUCCAGUUAGUGUGUGUGUGUCUGUUUGUGUUACGAUAAAUUAAGUGUGCGCAUGUUUGAAAUAUAAUGUCACCAAAUGAAACAAA